AUGUUAAUUGUUGUAAUUGUAAUUUCAGUGACGAGUAGAAGAGCCAGGACUGAAAUACCUGCUUGGACUGUUAGUGAUCCAGUGCCAGGUGGACCUGAGGACGGGAGUAUUAUUCCCAGUUUCCUUGGACAUGUCGCUUAUGGAAUAUGGACAGGGAAGGAGGAGCGAGGCACUCUGAAGUGUCAGAGUAGACAUGCAGUUUGUAAGAGGCUGUCAGCAUGGCAUCAUGACGCCUCAGACGAGGUCAAACACCUGAUAGCCGAGAGUGGUUUGGGGCAUCUCCCUGAUAUUAUGUUCAGUCACUUGGAUAUUCCGCUCCUUUCUGCAUUUGUGGAGCGAUGGCAGCCUGAUACUAACUCUUUUCACCUGCCAUUCGGGGAGAUGACCAUUACACUGCAUGACGUGUGGAUUAUUCUCCGUAUUCCUGUGGACGGAAAAGUGGUUUCAGAUAAGCCCGGGAAACAGUUGUUGCUUGCCUCCUGUGUAGAGAUUUUAGGGAUCUCUAUGGAUGACUUGUUAGCUAAUUCGACGAAGCAUUAUGAAAAUGGAGGGGUUCUGAUUGAGUCCAUUUUUAGGAAUUGUGGACGGGGUUUGAGUGCUGAGGUUGAGGCAAUAGCGUGGAUGUGGCUGACGCUAGGUUGCACUCUUUUCGUCGAUAAGACUGGCCACCGGGUUAAACCAGCCUGUCUUUGGGAGGUUAGGGAUGGAGUCGCAGACGCGAAGGAUUAUUCUUGGGGUUCUGCUACACUGGCCUAUUUAUUUCGUCAGUUAGGAAUCGCCUCCAGAGGCGACUGCCACAGUUUGUCUGGGUGUCUGACAUUUCUCCAGGCUUGGAUAUACGAGUAUUUUCCAUGUUUCAGACCCCAGCGAGAUAGGCUAAUUACAGAGAUUGGCACUCCUCGAGCGUGUAGUUGGAGUGUAUCCGGGACAGAGUGCACAGAGAUCCGGCUUCAGUCAUUGCGUGCCCGCAUAGACAGUUUGACUGCCGACGAGGUGUCGUGGCUUCCCUUUGGUGGUGACCCUGCUGCAGUCCUUCAGCGGACUGCUUACAUGGGUUGGAUAGUGUACAGGGACAUUGUUGAGCCGUACAUGUCCGCCAGAUUUGUACGUCAGCUGGGGUAUGUGCAGAGCAUACCGUCGCCUAUUCUUCGGCCGGAAAAGGCCGUUAGGGCGUGGAAUUCAAAGUUGUACAAUGUGGAGAUGGCUCAGAUUGGUGCGGUCGACGGCUGGCAGGGUUUUCCUAUGACUUGCAUGCUUCCUUUGACGUUGCUCGAGCCAGCCACUGUUCUUGCUGGAGCUUGCCAUCCCGCGUACUUGGAGUGGUACGCACGAUUUUCCCACCCGCAGGUCCUUAGCUCUGACGUUACAGCUUCACGAGGCCGUCCUUCUCGCUCCAACAUUGAUUAUUGGGUAAAUCGUUUCAGUUCCCUGAGUCAGAGAAAUCUCACGCGUAUCACUGCGGCUAGUGCGCCGUUUGCCAUUCCGGAGAUAGAUCAUAGCAUAUCUGAGUCGACCACUGACUUGGAGCGACUCAUUGCAGACUGACGGCUGGCAGAUUGA